AUGGCCGAGUCACAGCGAAAUGAACCCGCUAUCUCUGAAAGAAGAGGCAUCCGAUGGCUUCCUGACGACCCCAAACUCGAAGAGCCAACUUCUACCUUGGUUCUGACAAGCUCCAGAGGACAAUUCGUCGACAUUCGCAUAUCUUGCACGCCAGGAGAAACAUUACCCAACCAAGGCGGCCCAUCAAGCCUCCUCGAUUGGGGAAUCGCUGGAAAGUCUACAAGUACCGUCAUUGACGGACCCUCGCUAGAUCACCCUUCGAACCCACCACCACCUACAGAUGGCUCAUCAAGAUCUGUUCGCCACUCUACCUUCUCUCAUUGGAUUGAUAGUCGCACCGAUACCCCCGGACCUGACCAAGGUGACAUGUACCCCCAACCCAACCACACAACCCUCGAACUCGGCGCAAUGUACAACCCUCUCACCAAUUCAGAGCAAGCGUACGAGGAGGUCUGGGUCGACUACUCCGCCUCUGUUGUGCAAGGGUUGCGCUGGAGUGUUGUUAUUGAUCUCGAAGACCUUGAGCACAAAGCUAAGGGGAGGGUUAUCCGUGUGGGCGAGCACUGUCAAGCCAUACUGAAGGUUGGUGAUCAAGCCACCGUCGAGCGUUGGAAGUUCGAAUCGCCAGAAAAGGACAGCACAGGUGGUUGGAAACGCCUUGCCAGGUUGGGCGAUCUGUUCUUGCCUGUCUCUUUGGCAUUCAAACCCGAGAGCCUGAUCGAGGGCAACACUCUGGCCUUUGGAGAUUACAAGUGGGUGGUCAAAGAGGUAUAUUCCUGGUGA